AUGUUGACCGUGGGGGUCGACAGGUCGUGGAGGCAUCUUGAAACCGACCAUUUGACUGAUUCUACCCUCGGCCAACUGGUGGUCAUGGAGGAUUUUAUUUGUUCGAUUGUUGGGGACAUUGUCCUGACGCUGAAUGUGGAGGCGGAGGUUAUGACGGAGAUGAGGGCCCCAAUUUUCAAGUAUCCCAGUUACCAGAAGUGGUACCUGUCAACGGGGAAGUCCCUUACUCUAGUGGUUGAAAUUAAGCAUUGCGUGUUUCGAGUUUGGGAGAUGGUGUGUGGGGAUUAUUAUUAUUGGAGGGAAUUGAAACAUCAGAUUGUGUUGGGAAGUCGAUUGCAGAAUAUUCGAGAGGAUAAAAAUUUGUUUGGUAUUGAGCCGGUUGGUUGGUUGCAGCAGAUGGAGGUGUUGGUGUUUAAAGUAAAAUCCAAAAACGAGUCUUGUGAUGUUUUCUACAUCGUUAUUGCUACCGGGGAAGUACGAUGGAUCACCCCCACAUCGAAAGGGUUGGUUGGGGAAUUUUAUAGAUUUCUUGGUCCAGUUUUUCCUCACAAAAACACCCUUGUGCAGUUGAAGGGGUACUAUUAA